UUCCAGAGCCCAGGCGAGGCAGUGGAGGCAGCAGCGUCAGAAGCAAGGGAUCGAGAGGAGGGCUGGGGACAGAGCCGGCUGCCCUUGCGUGACCGGACCCGUCGCCCCCCAUGCCCUGCCUCUCACACGAUGCCGAGCUGUCCACCCUGGUGGCUGCUACUGCUGCUCUCGCUGUCGGAGCCGCUGCUCCGGAGGGCGGAGGCAGGCUCUGAGGGGCAGACGGCGGGAGAGCUGUACCAGCGUUGGGAACGGUACCGCAGGGAGUGCCAGGCGACACUGGAGGCUGCGGCGCCCCCAGCAGGCCUCGCCUGUAACGGGUCCUUUGAUAUGUACGUCUGCUGGGACCACACUGCACCCAAUGCCACUGCCCGUGCGUCCUGCCCCUGGUACCUGCCCUGGAACCGCCAUGUGGCUGCAGGCUUUGUCCUCCGCCAUUGUGGCAGUGAUGGCCAAUGGGGACCUUGGAGAGACCAUUCUCAGUGUGAGAACCCAGAGAAGAAUGGGGUUUUUCAGGACCAAAGGCUCAGCUUGGAGCGGCUGCAGGUUGUGUACACCGUGGGCUACUCCCUGUCCCUUGCCACACUGCUGCUCGCCUUGCUCAUCUUGAGUUUCUUCAGGCGGCUGCGCUGCACUCGCAACUACAUCCACAUCAACCUGUUCAUGUCUUUCAUGCUGCGGGCAGCAGCCAUCCUCACCCGAGACCGUCUGCUUCCUCCACCUGGCCCCUACCCUGGGGAUCAGGCUCCUAUCCUGUGGAACCGGGCCCUAGCUGCCUGUCGCACGGCCCAGAUCUUGACCCAGUACUGCGUGGGUGCCAACUACACGUGGCUGCUGGUGGAGGGCAUCUACCUGCACAGCCUCCUGGUGCUUGUGGGAGGCUCCGAGGAGGGCCACUUCCGCUGCUACAUGCUCCUCGGCUGGGGGGCCCCCGCACUUUUCGUCAUUCCUUGGGUGAUCGUCAGGUACCUGUACGAGAACACGCAGUGCUGGGAGCGGAACGAUAUCAAGGGCAUUUGGUGGAUUAUAAGGACCCCUAUCCUGCUAACCAUCUUGAUUAAUUUUCUCAUCUUUAUCCGCAUCCUUGGCAUCCUCGCGUCAAAGCUGAGGACGCAACAGAUGCGCUGCCCAGACUACCGACUGAGGCUGGCUCGCUCCACGCUGACGCUGGUGCCCCUGCUGGGCGUCCACGAGGUGGUGUUUGCUCCCGUGACUGAGGAACAGGCCCGGGGUGCCCUGCGCUUGGCCAAGCUCAGCUUUGAGAUCUUCCUCAGUUCUUUCCAGGGCUUUCUGGUCAGCGUCCUCUACUGCUUCAUCAACAAGGAGGUGCAGUCGGAGAUCCGGCGGGGCUGGCACCAAUGCCGCCUGCGCCACAGACUCGGCGAAGAGCCGUGCCAACCCCCCGAGCGCGCCUUCCGGACCCUGCCCUCGGGUUCCGGCCCCGGCCAGGUCGCCGCCGGCCACGCUCUGUGCUCGAGGACACUCCCAGGUCCUGGGGGUGAGGCCAGCCAUGUCUUAGAAAGUUACUGCUAGGCUGCGGGAUUCUUGGGUCCAUUCAAUUAGCACGUAUUUAUUGAGCGCUUGCUGUGUACCAGGCCUGGU